UUGCGUAGAUGCAGCAGUAGCGUCAACCUCACAAUCUCUGGUCCAUUCAUUCAUCUAGAAAACAGAGAAAAGAAAACGGAACAAACGAAACAAACACGGACCGCACGGACUCGCUCGCACGGGAAAGACGCAGAGGCGGAGACGACGGAGUAGACCGCGCGUUCAUGGAACGGGUCGCGUAAACCCUCGUUCCAGACGUCCAGCAGCCGCUGAUCUUCAUAUUCGUGCAGCGUCGGCACCUGACGAAGUAAGGGGCCCGUGCCUGCAGCCCUCGUGCCGCGCCUGGGCCCUGACGCCCACGGAAUGCCUUGUAAACAGCGAGGCACUUCGCCCCGCCCUUGGGAGCGGCAGCAGCACUACGCUCGCAGCUGAGUCAGCUGAACGGUUGGCCAGCGUCGGUGACAGCCGCGGUCGCAGCGAUGGCCUCUUCAUCGGGCGACCCGGGGCGCUCGCCCUUCGAGUUCCUCAGCUACCUGCCGCAGGGCCACGAGAAGGCGCUCAAGCAGGCCGUGUACAACACGGCCACCAUCCUGUUCGCGGCCUUCGUAAGCGUGGCCGGCGUGGCCGUGUACUUCAUCCUGCGGCCCUUCCUGGGCCCACUGCUCUGGGCCGUGCUGUUCGGCUCGGUGCUGCACCCGUUCAAGCGGUCCCUGUGCCUGUUGCUCGGUGGCUGGCUGGACGCCCUGCGCGAGGACAGCACGCCACUGGCCCUGGGCAUCGUGUGCCUGCCCUUCCAGGUCGUCGACGCAGUGGCCGAGCGCGCCUGCACGCUGGUGCUUCGCUACCUCAAGGCCUUCCUGGCCGUGUCCGUGGUUGUGCCCUGCAUCUACGUCGCCUACCACUUCCUGCCCGUGGCGCUGGCCUGGAAGCUGGUCGCCGUGCUGCGCGCACUCUGCCGCCUCCUCUCCGUCCUGCUCGAGGUCUUCUCGUCCAGCUGGAUGGUGUGGAGCCUCCUGCUGGGCUACGUGGGUGCCCUCUGCUUCUGGUGGGGGCCCCCGACAGAAGGACCCCUGACGGCCCUCUCCCCCGUCAUCUGGCUGGCACUGGUGAGCCACCUGGCCUCGGUGGCCGGCGUCUGGCGCAUGCCCAUCCUGGUCGUUGUGCUCGCCCUUCUCGUCAUGGGCUUCCUGGCCGAGCUCCGCAACGGCUCCCUGGGGGACGACCACACCGCAGAGGAUGACUGUCCAUCUCCAUGCGUGACCACACUGCGUGCUGGCUGGGCCUGGCUCACGGGCAACCCUCUGCCGUCAGACGCUCAGGAGAGGUCGGCAGGCAAGCCGGAGGACAAGCCGGGCGACAAGCCGCAGGAGCAGUCAUCGCCCGAGGGGACGCGGCGGAUGCUGGCCCCGGCGCUGCACGUGAGCCGGGCUUCGACGCCUGACCGCCGUCUGUCGGCCUCGUCCGGGGAGGACACGAUCCUGCCAGCCAUCACGAUCCAGGACAGCGACCGGAAGGAGAGCAAGGACAGCAAGGACAAGGACAAGGAAGAGGACAAGGACAAGGAGCACCAGGACCUGAGCCGGCUGUACCUGACCACCCUGGUCUGGGCCUGCGUGCUGGCCCAGCUGUGGCGCUACAUCUGGCUGCUGCACCUCACCUACGUGCCCCUGCUGUACACCAUCAUCAAGCGACUGGGGAGCCACCUGAACCUGUGGGGCUGCGUGCGUGAGCAGUCCCGCAGCUGGUGCUGGACGCUGCGCAACUGGUACGAGGACCGGCGCCAGGCCCUGUUCCCAGCACCCGUGCACGGGCUGUGGCACCUGCUGCGCGGAGGGGACAAGCGGAUGGUCUCCCUGCUGAAGACGUCCAUCGACUCCUUCACCACCGUCGGAAUCAUACUGCUGGUUUCUCUCAUGGCCACCGUGGGCACAGUCUUCCUUGCAGUGCAGGUGUACGGCGAGAGCAUGCAUCUGGUGGAGGUGACGAGCGGCCUGAUCAACCGCACGGUGGUGAACAGCCCGGAGCUGCAGCAGCUGCUCCCGGAGUCCCUGCGAAAUGCUCAGGGCGCCCUCGACUCUGUGCUGGGCGACGCCUACGUCUACGGCCGCACCUGGAUCGGCAACACGGUGCGACGGGUGCUGGACGACGCGGACGAGGCGCAUGCGGCGGAGGUGGAGCGCCAGAUGCUGGAGCUGUGGGACCGGGCUUACCACCUGUGGGUGGCCCGCAACGCCAGCGUGGACCCGGCCCUGCCCCACGGCCCCUCCUGGGACACCUUUGGGGACGCCCUGCGCAACCUCGACUUCUCCCUGCUCACCAGCUUCGUGCGGGACAACAUUGGCACCUUCAUGUCGGUGUUUGAGUCCAUCUGGAAUGUGCUGAAGGGGAACAUCAGCGUGGUGCUCAGUGUCCUCACCACCACCCUGUCGGUGCUCUUUGGUGGCGGCACCGCAGUCCUCAACUUCGUCCUCAACUUUGUGGUGUUCCUGACGGCGCUGUUCUACCUGCUGCGAGCGAGCGGGGAGCGCUACAAGCCCCUGGACCUGUUUGCCAGCAUGCUGCCUGGCUCAGCCUCGAGGCUGGGCGAGGCCGUCGAGGAGGCCGUUGCCGGGGUCUUUGCCGCCUCCUUCAAGAUGGCCGCCUUCUACGGCCUUUAUACCUGGCUCAUACACACCCUCUUCGAGGUCAAGAUGGUCUACAUCCCUACGGCGCUGGCCUCCCUGUUUGGGGCGGUGCCCUUCAUUGGGGCCUACUGGGCCUGCCUGCCGGCGGUGCUCGAGCUCUGGCUGGUCCAGGGCCAGGUGGUCAAGGCCCUCUGCAUGCUGCUGUGCCAGCUGGCACCCACCUCCUUCGUGGACUGCGCCAUCUACAGCGAGAUCAAGGGGGGCGGCCACCCGUUCCUGACGGGGCUGGCGAUAGCGGGCGGCGUCUUUUGCCUGGGCUUCCAGGGUGCCCUGUUUGGGCCCAUGCUGCUCUGCGUGCUCAUUGUGGCCAUGAACAUGUACCGCACCGUCAUGCACUCCAUGCCCCUCGGGGCAUCGGGGGGAACCCUCGCGGGACGCCGCUUCAGCUUCAAGAGGAUGUUCACGAUAGAGUAGUGCGGCACGGCGCCGGCCACUCUGCCCACCAGGUACAACAGCAGGUGAAAAAGACUUGAAAAGGGAAGCCUUGCACAGAGAAAACAGCUCUGGGACCCAGCGGAAGCUUGCCUCCGACGGAAAACACGGUGGCCUUCCUCGUCCCACCGCCGCCGCUUUUUCUGCAGACGUCGGCACAGCCCUCCUCCCUUUUUCCCCCCGAACCCCCGUGGGGCCGCGUCGCAAGCUACCAAAAUGUUCCUCGCACACUACUAGUCAAUGCUCGCCUCUUGCCGUUAAUGGAGUGCCUCCCCUGCUAUGGCAAGCGAAGGUUGUGGGUGCAUUUUUCGCAGAUGGGGUGCCUUUGUGUAUUUUAGAUUGUGUACAUAAGCUAGAUUAACAUUAACCCUGCGUUCUCUUUGCAAAUGUUUGAGGGCCAGACUAGACAUCUCCCAAUCAAAUCAAAUGGUACUGCAUCGCUUGUGACCGCUCCAUUGCACGGUCAAGCCGCAUUAAUUAAGCCCUGUCCGACUGCUAGGAGGUUGGCACCACUCCUGUGCUCUCGCUUGUGCCUUUUUCAGCGCCUUGCAUAUUGUCCGAGGAGCUGACGGACACAGCCACGUAACUGGGAGUUUUAAUGGUUUUCCGCGACGUGUCGGCUAAAAUGCAGAGGAGCUAAUGCAUGUUAGCUGUCCAUGUCAUAUGUUUACCAAAAGUUGCACACCAAUGUACCAUGGAACGCUGUAUUUAAUGAAGAAAGUUGUUGAAUGUACAGUCUACAAUUGUUUCAAUACUCCUACAGAACUGUAUUUAACAAAGUACUUGUUGCUUUGAAAGGCAAUCGUUGAGGUUGGUGCUGCUCUCCGAAGAUGCAGCAACUUGUCGCAGGACGUCUUUCAUAACAUGAACUGCGGUGAUUUGUUGUUGGCAGUCAUGGAAAUGUUGCGGGAUGCCCUCCGCUUCAUUAAAAAUGUUGGAAGCAAAUAA